UAGUUGGUCACACUCUGCACUGAAGUCAGGAAUGCUACCCUGUGAGAGGAGGAAAAGAGGGAGAAAACAACAAUAGGAGGGGGAGGAGAGAGACAGUGAGAGAGAGGAAGACAGAGAGAGAGAGUGGACUAGAGGAUAAACCAGUGUGGCAGGUUUACGUCACUGUACACACUCCAUCAUGCAAAGCUGAUGGAAAGAGAAGAGAGAGGAGUUAAUGUAGGAGCUGAUGUCAUUACAGAGCGCUGCCUUCAUGAUGAACGCGUGUCAACACAGCGGUGUGGGACAAGUAAAGAAAUCACUCCAAGAGAAGGAAACGGGAGCUGUUUGCUAAAGUCGUGCUGGGGGAAACCAAAGACUGCAAAGGACAGAACGACAACAGAUCAAGAAGAUGAGCCCAGAGGAGUCAUCUCUUUGAGAACACAAAACAGAAAAUCACCAGGAGCAUCCCUGAAAUAUUAAACUUUUUAAUGCAGCAUUGGUUUCUCUGCAAGAAACUGAUGAGGGCUGCAAUUGUGCCACCUUUUCACAGAUUUUUACUCACUCACAGCUGCUGCACACACACACAAACAAACUGCUUCCAGGGUCCCUCUAAAAGACAGUUGCUUGGAAUUGUUUAAAGAUCAAGUUCACUCUUCCACUCUCUUUUUGGGUUUUGGCACUUGACAGCAGAUCAUUAACUUUGUUUACUCUCAAGACAAUGGACUUGUCCAUGCUGCCCACUCAAGUGAGUGAGUAUGACAAGCAGAGGACAGGAGCAAGCUUCACUGUCCGCUCAGCUAACUCUCCCUCGUACAGUCUCACUCGCAGGCCAGGAGUUAGGAAACCCAAAUGUUUUUCGGAGGAGGAGAGAAAGAGUGCUGAGGAAGUUGGCGAGAUGGAGAGAUACGGGACACACACUGGCACAAAUGGUUCAACCAAAGAGGAGGAUCACACAGUCACUGGUUAUCAAGCCAGGACUGGGAGUCGCAGCAGUGUCAAAGGUCAGUGUGAGAAAGAAGAAACGUCAGGCUAUGAAAUAUCUACCGAGCUGAACCAGAAUGGCACAGCAGACGAAACUGUCACAGAAUUUGGCACUGACCAAAGUAGAAAAUGUAACCCUGCAUCUGAAAGCCGCGGCAGGAUGGACGGGAGGGGAUACAACCUGCCAAGUAGAAGUAGGAGUCUAGAUUGGAGAGCAGGGGCAUCAAGCCCUGAUCGUGGCAAAAUUGCUGAUGUGUUUGGGUUGCUGACCAAACGAAGCAUGGACGAAAGAAGGACAAGAGUUGAAACCAUGAGGGGCAGGGUGAUGUCUUCAAUACAGGCCUAUAACUCCGCUGGUACAAGUAAUGUUCAAGAGAGGAGCCCAGUGAGUCACGUCAGUCAGACUUUGGACAAGGCCAGUAAAGGUCAUUCUCUCCCCACUAGGUUUAGGUCCCUGUCUGGACCUGGCUCUGGUGCCAGAGGGACUGCUACUUCGUUAGGGCCCAAAGGAGGUCAGAGUAUAAUGGAGCGGAUAGAGAAACUCUAUGGGUCGGCUGGUUCCAGUAAAACGGAGGAUUGCAGCACAAUUAGGGACAUCUCAACCACUGCAACGUAUCGUCACAGAGAACCAACCACAGACUCCCUCAUUUCGCCACAGCAGAGGUCAUAUGAGUGGGCUUCGGGGGGGACCUUCCCAAGGCGAAUCACAUCAGGAGAGAAAAGGAGCCUCAGUCCAGGGCAAAGCAGGAAAUACUUCACCUUGACACAAAAGGACACCGCUGGUUAUGAGACUUCACUUUCGCCACGGACAAACAGGACCGGGGAGAGCUUGUCAGGGGUAGAGUGGCCAGGACAGGUCCAGAGCAGGUACUCAGAGGUAGGGGGAGCUAACUGGGGCAGAGGGUUAGAGGAAAUGGGCACAAGGUCUCUGGAUAGAGCAAGGAGCAGGUACUCUGUAGCAGCUCAGAUACGAUCUGCAAGGGCCACAGCAGGAAUUACUGCACCCCCACAUUCAAACAGUUUCUUAGAAGAAGAGAGAUCAGGUUCUUUGACAGAUUUGACUGGUUUGACUGAAGGGAGAGCAAGUGGGAAUGGGAGUGAGGAUCAGGGCGGGAUGAACGGUGAAACUAAUGGAAUACAAGGGACAUUGAGAAAAAGAAGCAAGCAUCUAGAAGAACAAGAAAACAAAACGGAUGCAGUAGCAAAAGAAAAAAAUGAAUUAAAGAGUAGUAGCAGCAGUGAUGAUGUGUUUGAGCCAACCCCACAGAAAGUGACAAAGAUAUCAACAGAGAGGAAGAAAUUCGCAGAGAAGUUGUCAGCCGCCUCUGCAGCCAGUGUUAGAAAUAAGAUCAAUCAGUUUGAAGCUCUCACACAGAGAGUAAAGGGUUUGGCAACAGGACAGGCCCUGAUGAACAGACGGGCGUUUUCUGUGCCAACACAUCUCAGCAGGGCUCAUGAAGGAGUGCAAAAGAGCGGGUCAGCAAAAGCCAUAGGUGGAUUGAGAUACAAGUGGGAGGGAUUAAAAGAGGGAGGGGAGGCAGGUGUUGAAACUGAGGAGAAAGGGACAGAAGAAAAAAAGAAGCUCGGGUCAAACAGAUCUUUAUCAGUGGACGAGGUUGGACUGAGAUUAGGGAGGAAAGAGCGAGAAGGGAAUGAUUUGGUUGAGAGUGAAGGAAAAAAAAUGGAUAGCAGUAAUAAUUGUGCUGAUUUUGGUAAAUAUUCUAGUCUGAAGAUAACCCUAGAAAUCCCACUAAAUGGAGUUGCUCAAAGAAAAUCUAGAAACUUUUACAUUGACGAGACCGAUUUAUACAGAACAUCAAGCCCUGAGGAGAGAAGUGAGAGGUCACCAUCCUCGCGACUGUCCGACUCCACUGGUCAGCAGAAAACAUCAUCCCCUCGGGUUAUUUCACCUGUUAGUGAUGAAGACACGACUCCAACAAACUCUCCAAACGACUCACCCUCUCUUUCACCUACGACGCAACCGGAAAACACCAUUCCCAUUGCACACAGUAAAAAUGAAAUUACUUCUGUCCUCACACAAGCAGCUAAAAACCCCAAACAGGAUUCACCGCUUCUCCCUCGUCCCCUUGCCACUUCCUCCAACAGCAACCUCCCUGCUCUGAUCUCACCAGAGGUCAACACAGCCCAUCUAAAUGGGAAGAAACAGCAGUUGGACCUGAAUGCUUGGGUAGCUGGCUUGAAACCAAAUAUUAACGUCUGGAAAGAUGAUGAUGAGGAUUAUUAUGAUGAUGAUGAUGAUGAUGAUGAAAGUACACAGAGGGAUGAAGAUUCAAACUAUGAUUCAGACUCCGGAGAGUCCUCGGUGACCAUCACUAGUAACAUGAGCCAGUCAGAUCACAAGAGCUUCUGUGUCAGUCUUUCAGACCUGUGCAAUUUUGCUGGAGUUGAAUACGAGUCGGAGAAUGACAGCGAUGAGUGGCAAUCUACCAGUCAUCGGACGGCCUCGCUGAGCUCAGACAUGUCGGCCCUGUCCUGUGUGUCUGUGAUGCCCAGUGAGGAGCUGGACAGGCUGCUGGAGGACGUCAGGAGCGUAGGGGACAGCACUCUGCAGGACUAUAACGAUGUGCAGGUUGUGGUUCUCCAUAAGGACAUUGGUGUUGGACUGGGCUUCAGUGUGGCGGGAGGCGUGGACCAGAACAAGCCCGUCACUGUUCACAAGGUGUUUCACUCGGGUGUUGCAGCCCAGGAAGGCUCCAUAAGGGAAGGGGACCAGGUCCUGUCAAUCAACGGCACAGCACUGUGCGACUACGCCCACUGGGAGGCCCUGAGGGUCCUGAGGAGAGCAAAGACUCGAGAGAUGGGGGUGGUGGUUCUGAGGAGGGGAGGGAUGAGCAGUGUCCCUAAGGGGGGAGCGCAGACGAAUAAUCAGGGACAAACAGAGACUCACUUCACUGAGACAGUUUUUGUGCCUUUGCUGCUCUCAGAUCAGCAUGUGUGUGUGCGUCUGGAAAAGAACGACAGGGAUCUGGGCUUCAGCCUGGAGGGAGGUGUAGACUCCAACCUUGGGAACCGACCGCUCACUGUGCAGAAGAUCUUCCAGGGAGGUCCAUUUGACAAGGUACGUCCCGGUGAUGAGGUGGAAGAGAUUGAAGGAAUGAGCGUGGUGGGGAUGAGGCGCCUGGAGGCCUGGACUUUGAUCAGAAGACUGCCCCCUGGGCCUGUAGACGUGGUGAUUCGUCGCCCUAUUAAACAUCUGGAAACAUGAGGAUUGUUGAGGAGCUUUGAGCACAGUAAAGGAACUAAAAGCCACACACUAGUGGCUAAGAACCAGAUAUGAUUUAAGUGAGAUAUGUGGGCCUAAUGACAUUAAAACAAUCCAACAUUUUGUAAUCAUUAUAACAAAUCCCUAAAGGAAAUAUAAUCUUGGAGACAAGGUCAAAAAUGUGUAUUUUUCUCACUCUAUCUACAGGAUAACAUCUACCUCAAGGCCUGUAAUAUUUCUGUACAAGCCAAUGAUUAAAUUGUACUGAUGGCUCAUACAUUUAUCAAGUCAACAAACCUUUGUAACAGAUACUUUUGUCAGCUAAAAAAUAGUAAUGUGGCACCUGUAAAAAAAUACACAAUAAUAUAAUAUAUAAUAAUAUAAUGUAAUAUAUUGUGAAUAGAAGCUAACUGCAUAAAGAGUUUAUAUUUCUUUUUAA